CGGUCAUUAGGCAACAGGGCUGAGUUUUUGAGAUUUAUAUCAUUGCGACGAGAACUUCGAUGAAUGUUAUCCGUCACAGCCUUUCAUUGCACCGAGUUUCAAUAAAAAGAAUCGGAAUACGACUACGACCCAGUCACGCAGCACAUCCCACGCCUGGACGGCAUUACAUCGUCGAGAAAUCAUCGAGGACCCAAAAGAGAUGGUGAACGUGGACCUCAGUCAUGAUAAUCUGGUGAUCAAGCCACCAACGACGGCAAAUUUGAUUCGAAACUUCGACCAACGUGUCAUUCAAGCCGACGCGGAGAGCACCCGUGUUGUUCUCCAUUCCAAGUUUCCAAAGCUUGUCGACGAGUUUCUUGAUCAUAAGCGCGCCCAUGGCUCAAGUUACGAGAAGCAGCUUUAUUCUGAGACAUUUACCUGGAAGGAUGAGGUCUCACGCCUUAUAAUGAAGCGUCCUCUUACAUUCAUGGGCUCUCAGGAUUUCACCAUGCUCCGCGAUGGUACAACAAUAAACAACGAGACUGGCGAGUGGGAUCGCAAUGGCACAGUAGAUCAAGGCCAAAACUCCCAUCUGACUCUAACCGACUAUCUUUCAUACGACGAAAUCAUGUUAUCGUCACUCAUUGGUGUGAGUAGCUUUAGCUACUUCAUCAAUGACGGAAACAGGUACAACCGAGGUAUUCCUGGGCAAGUCGGAAAGUUUCAGGACCGCGGCGUCAUCAUAGGCCUGGUGGGUGCGCGAUUCGAGAGGCCAGAUAGGAUGGACUCGAUCUAUAUGUUACCUUCGCAGUCACCACAUCAGGAUCCACGGCUGAAAGGCAUCUUCCAGUUAUAUUUUGGCGCCACGAAAGACGAAUCAGCGGACUUCGACAAGAAAAUGUACAUGGGGAGAAUGCGAAUAACGGUCGACAUGUUACUCCUGGAGGCAAACGAUCGAGCAAAACAGGCGAACCAGAAAGCUUUUACCUACGUAGUGGGCCUCGGCCUCGGCGUAUGGGAGCACCACAGUGAUCAAGCAUCUCUCUACAUCGACACAUUCACCUCAGCAAUUGGCUCACUAUCGCUACCCCACAUCUCAACACUCAAUUUCGCCUGGGUUAGCCACGUUGAUCCAGCCUGCGCUGAACGUGUUACUUCUGCUGCCAGCAAACAAGGCAUCAAAGUCAUCUUUAGCAAACGCAAUCCUGCGGAGAAACUGGACACGGACGAGCUGCUUGUUUUGAGUUACGCGUGGGAUGGUAAUUCGUUUCCUGGGAACGAGUACUGGGGUGGUAGUCUGACGGGUAGUGGAGACCCUGCGGCGGCUUGUAUGAGCACGAUUCCGGAGUUGCAUAACCCGCUUGUGAACCCCUUUACAGACAGGAUCAAAGUACUCGAGCCGUAGAAAUCAAAUGGCAACUUAGCCAGUUACUGUAUACUCUGUCAAUUCCCACAAUGCUAUACAUCUAGGCA